AUGCAUCCGCAUCUCCACACUCAAAGCAGUGCUGGCUGCGAAGAUGUUAUUGCUGCGUUCGAGGAGUGUCAUGCCCGUGGGUUCCUUUGGAAGUCGAUGGGCAUGUGCAACGGUGCAAAGGACGCGCUCUCCAAGUGUCUGAGGGCGGAAAGGGUAAAACGCCAGACCGAGAACCGCAGCGCUACCGGCGACAAGAAGGCGAGGAUCAAGGCAGCAUGGAAGGAAAUCGACGAAAACUCAUGA